AAAACGAAAGAAAUGGUUUCUAAGAUACUAUUGGUGGCAGCUUUGCUUGCUUAUAGGGCUGGUUUGGCCACAGCGCAGUGUGGCGUGUUUACCUCGGUGUCACCUGCAACAGCGCCAGACUCAAUUGUUUCUCCUCAGGAUUGCUUCGACUAUUGCGUGGCGCUGACCAACUGCGUGUUCUUCACCACGGUGGCAGGGGAUUGUACGGUGGGUGUGGUCGAUGCCGUCAGUGCCACGCUCGGCUCCAACAUUGAAGGCUACGUCAUGUGUCCUUUUCGAGCAACUCCAGGCAUUAAACAGAUCACUGACCUAAAAAACUCAAGAAGCAUUUUCUUGUUUGAAUAAAGAGAUAUCUGAGGCUGUUUUGAUAUCUUCAUUCGUGAUGUAAUGACAUUGGACAUACACAAUAUAAUAAUAUUUUUCAUAUGAUGACAAUGCACAUCAAUGAUGUAAAUACAUUAGAAAUCCACACUGUGUACACAUAACACUUCCCUAUUGAUUACAUUUGACAUUGACGAUGUGAUAACAUUUAACAUCUAUAAUGUGAUGAUAGUGACAUCCAUAAUUUGAUGACAUAGACACCCAUGAUGUGGUGAAAUUUGACAUACAUGAUGUAAUGACAUUUGACAUACAUGAUGUGUAGCCAUUUUAAACACUAUGAAAUGACAUUUGACAUACAUGAUAUUAUGACAUUUGACAUACAUGAUGUGUAGAUAUUUUUCAUAAUAUCACAAUGCACAUCAAUGAUGUAAAUACGUUAGAAAUCCACACUGUGUACACAUAACACUUCCCACAUAUGAUGUGAAGACAUUUGACAUUCAUGAUGCGGAGACAUUUGACAUUCAUGAUGCGGAGACAUUUGACAUUCAUGAUAUGUUGACAUUUGGAAUCAUGAUGUUAUGACAUUUGACAUUCAUGAUGUGAUGACAUUGACAUCCAUAAUGUGUAGACAUUUGACAUACAUGAUGUGAUGACAUUUGACAUACAUGUUGUGAUGACAUUUGACAUACAUGAUGUGAUGACAUUUGACAUACAUGAUGUGAUGACAUUUGACAUACAUGUUGUGAUGACAUUUAACAUACAUGAUGUGAUGACAUUUGACAUCCAAACUGUGAUGACUCUGUCACUUAAAA